AUGCCGAACUUGACUGCGCCCAGCUUGACCGCCACCAUCUGCACCCUCGAGCAUCGCGCCUGGGCUGCGCUUUGCGACUCCGGCGCUGCGCUACUUCCCCUCCUCUCUGCAACUCCAGUUCUCAUCUUCCCGGGGGACAGAAUCCUCACGGGAACUUCGUCUCCGACGGUCCACGAGAUACUGCAAGACCCGAGUUUCCAGCCGUGGACGAAAUACACGCUGAGCCACGAUGAGGUCAUGCCGCUUGGGGAGAGUGCCGCAUUGGUAUACUACCGUGUAGAAGCUAUUAGGGAAGAGCUGCCGUUCAGAGCUAUCUGCUCCAGCGCGUGGGUGCUUGAGGAUGGGCAGUGGAAGAUGGCGAGCCAUCAGCAGACGCUGAUCUAG